AGUUGAAAGUGCUGUCCAACACGUGAGGCUCAUGUGACGGAGGUAGGUCAGUUACUGAGCUAGAGACGUGUCUGUAGUCACAGGGUUUAUUUAACACGUAGCCCAAUCCACCCACUCCCAUACAUUUAACCCAGCCUGCAGCUUCAAACUACAGCCGACUGCGCUUUGGAUCGCUGGGUGAUAACGUCGUGAGCGCUGUCGUUCUGCUUUUCAAGAGACAUCGUGGAUGAUGAAAAGUAAAGCGUAGAACAAUAAGCAGCUCGCAAAAUCUGAAGAAGAAAAAACAAAACGUCAGAGCAAGAGCGGUCUUUUGAUUUUUUUUUUUACUAAAUCAUAUACACUUUUCAUAUUCAGUUUUGCGACUGAACGGGAGAAACGAAAAAAAAAACUUUUGACUAUCGUACCUUGUUUCACGUUGGUUUCGUCGUCAGAAAAGAAAAUGGAAAGGAUCACAGCUGCGCAGCCACCCCCUUGCAUGACAAAACACACAUCGUUGGAAAUCCCUGACAUGCAAGGAAUGGAUUUCCCCAUGUACGUGUACAAGCCCAGAAGGGGAAUAAAGCGAGGGGAAGACAGCAAGGAAACUUACAAGUUGCCCCAUAGACUCAUUGAAAAGAAAAGGCGUGACAGAAUUAAUGAAUGCAUUGCUCAACUUAAGGAUUUGUUGCCAGAGCACCUUAAACUUACUACUUUGGGCCAUUUGGAAAAGGCGGUGGUUCUGGAGCUGACCCUAAAGCACGUGAAAGCCCUCACUAGCCUCUUAGAACAACAGCAGCAAAAAAUCAUCGCACUACAGAAUGGAUUGCAAGUCGGUGACCAUCCAGCUCACAGCCCUGACGUGAGCGAGGAAAUGUUCCGGUCUGGUUUUCACAUGUGUGCAAAGGAAGUUCUGCAGUACCUGGCCAACCAGGAGAGUGGACGAGAGCUGACCCCUUCCCAUAUGAUCAACCACCUGCACAAGGUAGCGUCUGAGGUCCUGCAGAGAACACCCAGCCCCCGAAUGGAGGAUCUUGGCCUCAAAGCUCAUGACCACAAAGAGAAGCCUGCCGGUUUGCAGCCCAAGAUCUUCGAGGGUCACGGGAAGAACUGUGUGCCCGUUAUUCAGAGGACUUAUCCCCAGGGAAGUGGGGAACAGAGUGGAAGUGACACAGACACUGACAGUGGCUACGGUGGAGAGCUGGAGAAAAAUGACUCAAAAAUGGAGCGGCAGUACUUCGGCAAGGAGAGUGAACUGAAGUAUGGCUUAGCUGACCAAGUGGCAGGCUCCAUUAAGCAAGAGAGCGAUGACCCGCCAAUGAAAAGAAUCAGGACUGAGUCUUCAGAGGAGGAGUCCCUCUCUGGCGGAGAAUUGCUGGGGAAUAACAGUGGCUUUCUAGGCUUUUCUCCACACCAGGCUCCGCUCUGCAUGCCUUUUUACUUGAUCCCACCCUCAGCCGCUGCAUAUUUGCCCAUGCUGGAGAAAUGCUGGUACCCCGGUGCGUUGCCAGUUUUAUACCCUGGCCUGCCAGGGUCAGUGGCAGGGGGCUUGUCCCCCGAGAAGCACCCAUCGUCGCUCUUGAUGUCCCCGAGAGUGGGCUCUCCACUGGCUGCGCAGACCCCCAUGGACUCUCCUGCCCUGCUUCAGGCUUUGAAACAGGUUCCUCCCUUAAACACAGAAACCAAAGACUGAGAACUUGGAAACCGCUGCGCUCUAAAGGUUGGCGCUGUUUAAAGACAAAACCACCGGUUGGUUAACUACUAAAGGAAGGAAAAAACAACAACAACUCAACAGCAUGAAUGGAGUCCUUCUGGUAGCAGCAGUUCUUCUGACCCAGUUUCAUUGCAGUGGAAGCACGCCACCACGCUUGGAAGCCAGCCCCACCUUCUAAACCUGAUGCUGAGAAAAAAAAACAGAGAUGCCAGUCGGCAUUCUUGAUCUGUUCACAAGGGUGUUGAGAAAGAGCAAAGGGUUGUACCAGUGAGACACUGUGAAGAAGGUAAAUUUUAAAGAAAAUUUUAAAAUAUACAGUAUGUAAAGGCUAAAACAUACGUUGGUUGCAUACCAGAAGGCUCCUUCUGUUGAAUAUCCAGCAGUGUUGAGAAUGUGAAAUAUAGAAACUCCCUAUUUACCAGGACGUACCCUUUGCACAGACACCUUGGUUGAAUGUAAAAACCCUGUAGAUGCUGCUUUUAAGUUUAUGUGCUGUAAAUGUAGGACAGGAGGAUCUAUACUACUUGUAUUAGCAGCUGCUGAAAAGGAAACAGAUCAUCCUGUUUUUUACACCAAAUAUUAGCCGUGGCUUUCCCCUGUUUGAAACCUUAUGUGGGCCAGAGCAGCCACUAUAAAGUAACGGAAUUGCUCUCCCUACUCUUCAUUGCUUCCCCUGAAAGAAAGGUACACCCAGGCAUUUUUAAGAAUGAAGUCAACAGCUGUUUCUUCAGGCUUCUUGUGCAGCAUUCUUUGCAGAUGGGGGAAAGGAUUUGCACAAAUGCAUUUUAAUUUUUAGUUUGCAUUUCAUUACCAUUAUGCAGUAGCCUUGAAAGAAAAUGGUAAUGUAAGCUCUUGUAACUACUUUGUUUAUACUACCUGUACAUCUCUAUUUUUGAUACGUGUUCUGCAGAUAUUACCAUUACGGCUAGAAAGAGUCAUAUAUGUAAAAGAAACGUGUACAUAGCACUGUGCUAGCCCUGAUUUGCAUUAUUCUUAAUAUUCAAGUUCAACCUGUUCUUUGUUCAUGCUGUUGCCUUUUCUUGUUGAAGCUAAUAAACUGAUAUCAGAUGUUUAUUAAAUGUAUUUGUAUAAAUACUGGAGUCUAAAGUAAAGAAAGAAAAGUGAAUGUAACAUUUUAAACAAGAUUAGUUUUGUAUAGGAAGAGGUACUUGGGUUUUUUUUUUUAUUUUGGGACCUACCAGAAGGUUGUCUGAUGUAUAUAUUUUGUCUAUAAAGUAAAUGUUGAUAUACAUUAUAUAAGCGUAUUAAUAAAGUAUUUUUUCCCUGUGGAAUGUAAGCUUUCUUGUUUAAAUGCCAAUGGCAAUAAAAUGUUUUGAUGAA